GGUUCCUAAUUCCAAGAAGAUUACCAUUAAGGAGGCCGGAAUCGACAAUUCGAGUCUGAUUCAUGUUAAGGACCUUGGUAUGCUCACGCCACAAGACCUGCAGCGUGAUCCAGACUGAUACUCCUGCCCUUGCCCAUGCAGGUCCCCAGAUCUCAUGGCGCACCGUGUUCAUCGCCGAAUACCUCGGCCCAGUCUUGAUCCCAGGGCUCUUCCUCUUCGCGCUACGCCCAUAUCUGUACUACAAUUAUGAUACUAUCACCGAACCGAGCGGCCUUCAACUCCUUCUCUGUGCGCUGUUGACAACCCAUUUCGUGAAACGUGAGUAUGAGUCCAUCUUCGUCCACCGGUUCAGUAAUGCCACCAUGCCGGCGCGCAAAGUCUUCCUAAACAGUGGCUAUUACAGCGUGAUGACCGGCAAUAUGGCUUACUGGAUCCUCCGGCCUGAUAUGGAGCCAAGCAAUCCAAUCCUACUCUCCACAGGCCUUGCCCUCUUUGCCUUUGGGGAAAUGGCGAACUUGAACACCCACUUUGUGCUACGGGAUCUUCGCUGUCCAGGUACUCCUGACCGUGGUGUUCCGCACGGGUUUGGAUUUGGUACGGUGACCUGCCCGAACUAUUUAUUUGAGAUUGUCUCUUGGAUGGGAAUUUAUCUUGUUAGUGGACUGAGCUGGAGCAUUCUCAUUUUCAUCAUUAUUGGCAGUGUACAAAUGGGAAUAUGGGCUAAGAAAAAGGAGCGCCGCUAUCGUGAGGAAUUUGGGGACAAGUACAAGGCUAAGAGGUUUGUUAUGCUUCCUGGUAUUGUUUAGACCAGGCCAACACCUUUCCUGGAUGGCAUAUCGGUGGACUGUAUCAAGCUCAUACUGCAGCCCAAGGAGAGUUG